AUUUAUUUAAACUAAUGUAGAUAGUUUGCUUAGUGCUAAAUUGUUUAACUAAAAUGUUAAUUUUUUUUUGCACUUUGUAUGUGUAGGUUAAGUAAGCAUUAAUCAUGGCAAGGGAGCAAUGGCCACUAGAUCCAUGCCCAUCUGGAUUUAUAGGCACCCGUCCUAGAGGUGCUAGAGAUGGGGCAUGGAGGUAUGCCUAUGAGGGACCCGAUCCUGGGUCAAUUAUAUGCAUACAGUGUGAGAGAAUACUUCAUGGAGGCAUCAACCGCCUCAAAUACCACCUUGCAGGAAUAGAUAGGCAUGAUGCUAGAGCAUGCCCUGGGACCAAUGAAGAAAUAAAAAGACAAAUGAAUGCCCUUCUUGCAGCUGGGGAAGAGAAGAAACUGCAAAGGGAGAGGGCAAAACUAGCCAUGAGAUCAGCCAUAGCUGAAUCUCAAGGUGUUUCUAUUGACCUUGAAGAGGAAGAAGAAGCACUUGAGGGCAUAGUGGGCUCUCGGCGUGGCCCACGUAUCCGCAAACCGACCAUCAGCUCACCCAUUGCUUCUGCUUCCUCUAGUAGAGUACCUGGCCGGGGCCCUGUUCCACUUCCAUCACAACGAUCAGGUUCGAUAGGUGAUUAUUUUGUGCCCAGAAACACACCUGGAGGACAACCAUCAUUAGAGGCUAGUGGAUGGAAUAAGGAGGUACAUGAGAAAACUGACAUUGCAGUUGCUGAUUUUUGGUACUUCAACAACAUUGCAUUCAAUGUGGCGGAGAAUGCUUAUUGGUUGAAUUUGGUGACUGCUAUGACAGUUUCAGGAAAGGGGUACAAGGCCCCUUCUCGCAGGGAUUUGAGUGGGAGGUUGCUCACAAAUGCAGUUGCUAGGGCAAGAGAAGUGAUGGAGGAUCAAAAAAUUGAUUGGGCAAAUUAUGGCUGCACCAUUCUUUCUGAUGGGUGGACAGAUGGCAAGAACCGCACCAUCAUCAAUUUUUUGGUCGCUUGCAAGGACAAUGUAGUGUUCUUGAAAUCUAUCGAUGCCUCCAACAAGGUGAAAAAUGCAGAAACAUUGGCUGGAAUGUUGGAGCGUGUCAUCAUGGAGGUGGGGGUAGAGAAUGUGGUGCAAAUCAUCACAGAUAAUGCAGCAGCAUAUGUGUCAGCAGGAAGAAUCCUCCAAGAGAGGCACCCCACUCUUUUUUGGACACCUUGUGCAGCACAUGUCCUUGACCUUCUUUUGGAGGACAUAGGAAAACUUGAGUGGGUGACUCCAGUUGUGGAAGAUGCAAGGAGGAUCACUAAAUAUAUCUACAAUCACCCUUGGGUCCUAAAUUUGAUGAGACAACACACGCAAGGGAAAGAUUUGGUGAGAGCUGGUGUCACAAGGUUUGCAACGAUUUUCUUGACGUUGCAAAGCAUUCUUGCUGCAUUGACUUCUUUGAAACAAAUGUUUGUGAGUGGAGAAUGGCUUAACUCACCUUAUUCAAAGAAGCCUGAAGGAGAGGCUGUCGCAUGCAUAGUCUUCGACAACCAAUUUGCACAAAGGGCUGCAGAGAUUGUGAAGGUGUCAGAGCCCUUGGUUCGAGUUCUUCGCUUGGUGGAUGGGGAUAAAACCCCAAUGGGAUAUCUUUAUGAGGCCAUGGAUAGGGCCAAAGAGUCUAUCAAAAAUUACUACAAGGGGGAUAGGCUCAAAUUUGAUCCCAUUUGGGAAAUUGUUGAUAGGAGGUGGAACAAUCAGCUCCACCAACCCAUUCAUGCAGCAGGGUACUUCCUCAACCCUCGUUUUAGGUUCGGGGGUUCUUACUCAGAUUCGAAUGGAGAAGUCAUGGAGGGCCUCAGUACAUGCAUUGAGAGGAUGGUACCUGAUGUUGAGGAGAGAGACCUCAUUGUGAGUGAGCUCCAAAAUUAUGAGGGAGGAAGGGGUAAGCUAUUCUCUUCAGAGCUGGCUAGGAGAGGAAGAACCACUCAAACCCCAGAUGCUUGGUGGCAAAAUUGGGGUGGAAACACCCCACAUCUCAAAAAAUUUGCCCUCAGAGUCUUAUGUCAGCCUUGCAGUUCAUCCAAUUGUGAGCGCAAUUGGAGCUUGUUUGAAGCAAUCCACACGAAGAAGAGGAGCAAGUUAGCGCAGAAACGGCUCAAUGACCUUGUCUACGUGCAAUAUAAUCUUCGAUUGCGCGUAAAGAAGGUAGAGGAACUAGAAGGUGGUCCAAUUGACUUGGAUGAUAUAGAUCCUUACAGUGAUUGGACAUCACAGGAGCAGCCUCCAUUGUUUUCCGACACUGACAUCACUGAUUUGGAGAGGCAGGCUAUGGAGGAGGGGGGUGGAUUUGGUUUCAGGCUGGAUGACAUUGAGGAGGAUGAGGAUGAGGAUGAGGAUGAGGAUGAGGAUUCAUUGCCAGUGCCAGAGGCAGGUGGAGACAUAGCUUCAUCCAGGAUGGAGAAUGAGUCUCAAUCAACCAUACCGAGCGAGGAGGCACAGUCACGCCCAGUCCCACAGCAGACUUAUACGACUAGACAGUCUAGACCCUCUAGUUCUACCUCUCCCCAUGUUUUUUCUAGAGCUGGGAAGAGGAAGUUGUAAUUGUAAUUUGUGAUGAUGUAUUUACUUUUGGUUUUACAAAAACUAUUUAGUAAUUUACUAUUUUGCUUCAGGCUUCCAGCCAUCAGCAUUCCUCAUGAGGAUGCGAUUUUGUAGACACUUUGCAUUUAAAUAUAUCUAGAAUCAGCUUGUUUCUUUUGUGUUAUCAUUUAUUGACUCUUUGGAUGCAUCUUCUCAUUAAAAAUUGCAAAAAAAAUGCAUUUUUUACUAAGUUUAAGCGUGUUUUUAAGUUGCCGAGUUUUUCGCCGAGUUUUUCCGAGUUUUUCCCGAGUUUUCGCCGAGUUUUUUUCCCAGGGGCUUGGCGAGUCGAGCCGAGUCGCGAGUAGUUCAACUA